CUUGAAGCACUGGAGCAGAUGGUCCAAACUCUUCAGUUUUCUCAGGGUGAAGAGGACUCUGGGAUUUUCCUUGCACUUUCGGGGCCUUGGUCAGGUACCUAUAGUGACGUCCCUAAGUCCUUUAGCUGGUGUGGUGCCAGCGUCCCGUGGGAUUCCCAGUUCUGGAGGGUGACGUUUGGGGUUUUCCCCCAGCUGAUAGGAGCAGCAGGUCCGGCCCUCCCCCAGGCGGGGCUUUGAAAACUUGAGGCUAGAUCUGGUCCAGGAGGCCGCCGAGCCCCCAGAUUCUCAGACCACCAGUUCCGGGAGUGCCAUGGGACAGCUGAUAGCCAAAGUGAUGCGAAUCUUUGGGAGCCAGGAGCACAAAGUCAUCAUCGUGGGGCUGGACAAUGCAGGAAAAACCACCAUUCUCUACCAGUUCCUGACCAAUGAGGUGGUUCACACGUGUUCCACCAUUGGUAGCAACGUGGAAGAAAUUGUUCUUCAGAAGACUCACUUCCUCAUGUGGGACUUAGGGGGUCAGGAGGCUCUGCGUUCCACCUGGGACACAUACUACUCCAAUGCCGAGUUUGUCAUCCUUGUGAUUGAUAGUACAGACCGGAAUCGGCUGCUGACCACCCGGGAGGAGUUGUAUAAGAUGCUGGCCCAUGAGGCACUUCAAGAUGCCUCAGUCCUGAUUUUUGCCAACAAGCAGGAUGUGAAAGACUCCAUGACCACAGCAGAGAUCUCCCAAGCCCUCACACUCAGCGCCAUCAAAGACCACCCAUGGCAUAUCCAGGGCUGCUGCGCUCUCACUGGAGAAGGGCUGCCAGCUGGGCUUCAGUGGCUGAAAUCUCAGGCCACCACCAAGUGAUGUUCCAGCCUGAAGCCAACCAGAAACCACAUGGUUAGCACCGGUGAGAAAACCCAGUCGUUUGCUGGUGGAAACAGAGUGGACAGAGAGACCGCCGCUGUCCUCUCAACUGUCACUGAGGAGCGGGACCAAAGACUUCAAGUUGGUGUAGACAAGACCACAGAUGAAACUGUCCCUCACUUCAUCACCGCAGGCGUGAGGAGACACAAGGAACCUGCUGAGUGUACUGGGGGACCGCCUUGCAGCCCUCACCUUCUGUCUGCCGGAAAGCAAGAGAUCUUUGACAUUGGGCCCUAUCCAUUAGACAGCGGAGAUUCCGAUAAAGGAGGAGGCAACAGGACCGGGCCAAAAGUUGGGGGAUGGGUGAGAUGGAGAGGUGGAGAGCGGGAGGACAGAACAUCCGGGCAGAGGCAAUCCUUCACACUGCAGGAGUCCAUGCCCCCCUUCCCCUCGCCUUUCUGCUCCCUCUUGGAUGCUAUCUCAACCACAGGUUUGGGGUCAUCGCGUGGCAUCGCCUUUUCCUCUCUGUGCCUUCCGGUGUGAGUGCUAUUCCUCUCAAAAGUCAAACGUUUCUGCGGGACCUACUUAUUUUGUCUUUGUGUCAUGAUUAAAAACCACAACACAACCCAUUGCAUUAAGAUUUAAAAAGUA